GCUACUUGUUCGCCAUAUAUAGUUCAACAAAGGCCAACCAUCUCGCUCCAAAUCUCUUCCACAUAAUUAUUCCGUCCAGUCCUCUUCAGAAUACGUUCAAUUCAAGAUGGCGGUGGGAUACACUUGUUGACCGACGAACUGGAAACGCUAAAAGGGGAGAAAACUUUAAACCCAUCGUCGAGAAACCCCAAUUCAACCAGCGGUUAGGGCUUGCUUUCGUUAAAAAUACCUAAUGGAGUGGAAAUUCGGGGUAAAUGAUUUGAUUUGGUUUAGCGAAUGAAGUGAAAAUCCCUUCCGGUUUUUGGUCAAGUUCGCUGAGAGCUUAAGCGAUCCAUCUAGGCAGAACGAGCUUGCCAUUUCAUACGUUGACGCCAAUAACGCUUUCAAAAAGUAUAUAAGCGACUUUGGGUUUAGUAGUCGAGAGGAAAUUGAGGUAGUUAGUGAAGAACAAAGCCGAAAUGUUUUAGUGAAAACAGAAAAUCUGCACGGAGCUGCAAGUAGAGCUCAGAAAGUUACAGACUUUGUUUCUGGUCUUGAUCUUGGCGAGCUACAAGAAAGACUUGUAGAGAUAUUUCUCGUUUGUCUGGAUCAAGACUGGAAUUACUUCGCCGGCCGGCUUCAAAAUAUAGCAACAUUCGAAGCCUUACUAAAAGGAGUUUUGCGGGAUAACCCUAGUGUAUCUUGGUUAAAAUGGCAGCUUGAUUUGACUGGAAGCUCGGUUGAAAUUGCACAAGUCCCGGACGUAAGCUUUGAGGAUAGGAUCAGAGUGCUAACUGUCAAUCCCGAGUAUGACAUUAUGAUGAGUGUAUCGCAUACUGCUUUGGGACUUAAAGAUCAACACCAGUGCAUUACUGAAACAAAAUACCCAGGAUAUUAUUAUGUCAAGGUUCCCUCAUUCUCAGAUGACCGUGAUGAAGAUUUGUUAAAGCUAAUGACAUUACGAAAUUCCGAGUAUUAUCUGUCUGCCGCAAAGUUCAGAAGCGAGAUUUAUCAAAUACUUCAUGACUUCAAGAGGUAUUCAGAUGAGGUUGCAGGAAAAGAACCAGAAAUGGAAGAUUUUGAAAUUAAAGUGGCUCCCCAUGGGCCAGCUGUUCAAACUGAUGAGACAUUCGAGGAUGAAGAGAGCCCCUCAUCAUCAUAUGACGUGGUUCCUGCAAUAAAGUUUACCAGCUGGCCAAAAUGCUGCCAAGAAUGGUUUGAAAGGAAAAGAGUUUGGCCUCCACAGGAUCUGAAGCAGGAAAUUGUCCAAGGGGGCUUUCAUCUUGUGCCAAAGGCAUCUCCAGGAGGCAAUGAAGAACUUGAGUGGCGCAUUUCUUUCUCCACAGCUGAAGUGAAACUGAUGAGAGCCAAAGGUCUUGGAAACAGAAACUACUGCUACCGCAUGUUCAAAAUGGCCAUCAAAGAAAAUAUUUCCUUGACCUGCAAGCUUCUAACAACAUAUCACUUAAAGACUCUCCUUCUCUGGGCAAGUGAGAGGUACCCACCAGACAGAUGGUCAGAUGAGAAUGUCGCAGCGUGCUUUUUGGGUCUGCUGGAUGAUUUGUUACAUUCUUUGGUGACUUGUUCUUGUCCUCACUAUUUCAUCCCGGAACUGAACCUGUUUGCAAAUUGCAGUAUGGACCACUUGCAUUCAAUAGCAAGCAAAGUCUCUGCCAUUCGUAAAUUUCCACUGAGAUACCUUCAGAGGCCAGGAGAAGAUCCUAGAGCAGGUUAUGAUAACUUUAUAGCAGCAAUGAACGAAUGGAAACAAAUGAACUAUCAACAAAUAUAAACCAUGUUCUCAUUCUUAUACUUGUUCCCAAAAAAUGUACAAAAUAUUCAGAAAAGUUCCAUAGUCGACCAUAAAAUUUACAAAAAAUUGAGCACAUGGUAUUAAACCAGAGAUGCCAUAAUUUAGUAUUAGGACUAAAUGAAGUUCAAUUUGCCAGAUAAGAGUACAAUUUGUUUUAUUUGCAUUGUAUCGUACUUUAUUUUGCACCACUGUUUUCUCCAUUAAUUGUUAGCUUUAAGGUUACUUCCACCUUCGCGGGUGUCCUCCGCGAAAAAAUUCGUACGCGCGCUAGUUUCAAGAAAACCCUAGCAAU